GAAGGAGGUGGAGGAGGUGGGGUGUCUUAACAGAUUUAGCUGGUCCUCACACUCCACAUCACUCCAGGCGAUCCCGGGGCGGAGCUGCACUGUAUUUGGACGCUUUGGAUACUCGCUUGCAGUAACAUAGUCGUGCCAUCUUGGAGGGUUGUUUUUUUUGAGACAGAAGUUCACCUUUUGUGAUUGUUCGCCAUGGGAGCAGAGAGCUCAGCGCAGCGGGACGGGAAGAGCCAGGAGGAUGCCUCCGCUUCAACUUCAGCCUCCGCCGGGGAGCUGGGUGCGGAGGUGCACGCGCUCCAGGUGGGAAGCAGCGUCCUUGACAGCAAGCCUUUGGAGAAAAAUGGACUAAUCUCCAGCAUGACCAGUCUGAAUGGACACUCAGAGGACAACACGCUGGCAGAAGUUGGCCAGCCAGAUGGUGUGGCUCAGAAGGAGGAGGCUUCUGACACUAUGGAUGCCAUCCAGGGUGACGUGGCUCCUCAAGUGAACAGCGAGAAAGUGGAGAAAGAGUCUCCUGAUGCCAAUGACAUCUCUGCUAUUGAGGAGAAAGCAGCGGAGGAGAAACCUGAUGAUGCCAGUGAAGUGGGCUUCAAGAAGAUCUUCCGCUUUGUGGGCUUUAAGUUCACACUGAAGAAGGACAAAAGUGAGGAGAAAGAUCCUGUGAAGCUCCUGACAGUCAAAGAUAAAGGAGAGAAGGAGGAGGUUAGUGGGACUGAUGAACCUACAAAGGAGGAAGAGGCUGCCGCUGUUGAGGAGAAAAGCACAACUGAAGAAAAGGAGGCUGAUACAGUGGAAUCUAUUGCAGAGGCCGAAGUCAGUAAAGAAGACAAAGCUGAAACCACUGAUGCCCCGGCUGAAGCCCCUGCAGCUGAAGCUAUUGAUGAAGCAGUCAAGGAGGAAGGAGCUGAGAAGGAAGGAGAGACCGCCCUGUCCCCCUUCAGGAAGCUCUUCAGUGGAGGACUCUUCUCUAACCUGAGAAAGAAAGCCAGCAUCAAAAAGACAAAAGAGGAGGAAGACAAGGAGGCAGCUGUUGAGAAGGAGACAGCGAAGACAGAAGAAACUACUGCUGUUGUGGAAGAAAAGGAGGAGAAGGAUGAGGUGGAGCAAGAAACUAAGGAGGAGGCACCAGCAACUCCAGAGGAAGUGAAAUCAGAGACUACCCCAGAGCCAGAGGUCACUGUUGAAACCCCUGCCGCAGCAACUACUGAAGAGACCAAACAAGAAGGGGAAAAGACUGAAUCUAAUGCAGAAGAGGAGAAGGCUCCAGCAGAGGUGACCUCUGAGGCUGAGCUGCUGUCAUCACAGGAGAAGGCUAAGCCCCAGGGUAGCCCCCUGAAGAAGCUUUUCGCUGGAGCUGGCUUGAAGAAGCUCUCAACUAAGAAACAAAAGACCAUGAAAGCCACUGAGACGAAGCUUACUGAGUCUGGGGAGCAGGCGUCUGAGCACCUUCAAUCCUCCACGGAGUCAGCAGAGGCUCCAAAAACUGACAGUGGGCCCUCAUCUCCUGAGGAGUCAGGAGAGCAUGUUAUUGCUGUGGAGGUGACCCAGAAUGAGUCUAGCCAAGAGACUGAUGGUGAAGUUGCCUCUGAUGGAGAAAAGAAAAAAGAGGGUAUCAUUGCCUGGUCCUCCUUCAAGAAACUAGUAACACCCAAGAAGCGUGUAAAAAGGUCUUCUGAAAGCGAAGAUGAAGCCACAGUUGAGAAACCAGCAAAGUCAGCCACCCUGUCCUCUUCUGAGAGUGCCCCGUUAGCAGAUAAGAGUGUUGAGGAGGAGGAUAAGCCAACUGAGGAAGAGCCAAAGACUGAAAACACUGAGAAACUGGUCAGCAGCACUGAGGAGCCCAAAAAGAAAAUGGACACCUCUGUCUCCUGGGAGGCACUCAUGUGUAUGGGUGGACCCAAAAAGAGGACUAGGAGGACCUCUGAUUCUGACGAUGAGGAAACCAAGGUUGAAGAGGAGUCAACAGCAGCAGUAGUAGCAGCAGCAGCAGUAGAAGGGGAGCAGGAGGGCAAAACUGAGGCUGCCAUUGUCAGCUCCCAAAACACAGAGAGUGAUGGAGAAUUUGUUUCCUCCACUGAACCUUUAAGCACCCCCCCUGAUAGAGAGUCCACCUGGGACACACUGAAACGCAUGGUUAUGCCAAAGAAUAAAGCCAAAAAUGAGGAAAAGCCUGAGGAGACUCCAGAACAAUCCCAGUCAGACAGUGAAGCACCAAAAGAUGAGUCGUCAUUCUCAUUGAGGAAGCUCUUCCCUGGACGCAGAAAGAAGAAGACUGAAAAACAAGCCUCCACUGAACAAGGCUCAGGUGAGGAGGACUCUGACACCCCAGCUGUGGUUCCUCUCUCAGAGUAUGAUGACCAAGUUACAGCUGAACAGGAAGCACCAGCAGAACCGGCUGAAGUCCAGAUUAAAGAAUCCGCUGAAGAUAGAUCCCCUUCCUGGAUCCCAGCCACUGUCGAAGAUGGUGAUGAUCAACAUGAUCAGCUGAGUGACAUUCCAGAGGAGGCUGAGAAUGCUGCCACGCCAAAGUCUGUUGACACUGACAUCGCAGAGGAUGAAACAGAAGACAAGGAUAUGUCCCCUAAAGUUACCAAAAGAACAGGGCGCAGACUGUCCACGGCUGAGGUGAAGCCUGUCGCUCCAGCUCCAUCUGCAAAUACCACUCCAGUUCCUCAGGGACCCAAGCCAGAGAGCGCAGAGGAGGUUAUUGAGGGUGUAGAGGCCCAAAUUAGUGAAAUUCCACCCCAGACCAAUGUAACUGUUGAAGAUGUACCAGUAGAGGUAGUUUCUGAGAAAAUCGAGUGUGAACCACCAACUGAGAAUGCAGAGUCAAAAACAUUAACUAUCCUGAAGCCACACGCUCGUGACGAGGCCAUGGCUAUCUGCACUGGCCUAGACACCAAGGAGAUUGCUGAAGUAGCUCUGGAGAAACCUGUAAUGCCCAUCGUAGCACGUGUGGCUGUGAUCCAUGAUGCUAUAAGCACAGAGGUGUCAGUGGAAGAGAAUACAGCAAGUACAGAGGCCAUUGCUACAGAAGAUGCCGUGUUCAAGGCCCAAGUGCACCAAGUAGAAACCACCAACUUUGAGUCUGUUGUUGAAAGUUUACAGGGUGGAUUGUUAGACAUUGAAGCAGCCAAGGAGAACCAUGAACCCGAGAUUGAGAGGGCUGGAAUUGUCAGCACUGUUCAGGAAGAGGCGGAAAUCAUUCAGUCUACUACCAUGAGCCAGAACUGUAUUAAUGCUGUUAUAAUCGAUCCCAUUACACCAACAUCUGAACCAGAUGUUUGCACCCAGAGCAUAGAAGUCACUGAGCCAACUAUAGAAACCAAGGAAGUGCAAAUGGAUGUGGAGCAGCUUAGUGCCAAUGAAGAAAAUACUGUAAAAGAGGUAGCUCAGUAUGUGACCGAAGAGAGAGCCUCCACCAUAUGUGAAACCACAAAGACCACCAACACAGAGGAGACUGAGCCAGCCAUCCCUGUUGUACCAAGCGAGGAGGUUUCUGUUGUCACUCAGACAGUUGUCCUUGUGGCCCCAGUCAGUGCGGCAACAUCACCCAUGGCAACCAUGGAAAAUGCACCACUGUCGGAGUCAGUCGGCGAUGAACCAAUCCAGGUGCAGGAAACCAAGGAGGAGGAGACAGUUGAAAAGACUGUGGAGGCCACUACCGCUCAAACAGCAGAGUCAGAGAUCAGCUCAGGCACUGAGCAGUCCAGGGAGAAGAUGGAUGAAAUCAAGGAGGAUGUCCAACAGACCAGUGAAAUUGAGGCUCAGAGCAUAGUCAUUGCCCAGGCUGUCAUUCAGGAUGCCAUGGAUAAAGUUUCAGAAGACACCCCUGAAUCCAAAAAGCCCACCACCCCGACACCAGUCCAGGCUGUGGCAACAACAGAGAAAGAGAUUGAAAUCACAACAGAGGGCCCUGUUAUCACUGAAACCCCUGUUGCUGUCUGCGAAGAAGCAGCACCAAAGUCACCUCAGCGGCUGUGUGUUGCCAUGGAGGUCAUUGACACAAUCCCAGUCGAGGUCACAGAGAGCAUUGAGGCCUUUGUAGAGGUGCAGAAACCAGAAGAAGGGUUGAAGAAAGCUGUGGAGGUAAACGUAAGUGAAGAAACUGUCGUAGUGGAAGAAGUGGUGGAGAUAAAGACAGAGCGUCAGAUAGGUGAGGAGCUUGAACAGGUCAAGGAGGAACAGAGCAAAGAAGACGCAGAGGUUCAGAAACCAGAUGUAAAAGAAGCAGCAGAGGAAGUGGAACCACAAUCGGAGGAAGCAAAGGCCAAGACACCUUCAGAAGAGAAAGUGCUUGAAAUCCACAUGCCAGUCCAAAUGGUCCUGCAGACAGCGCAGGUGUUUGAGGAACCAUCAGUGGAAGAAGAGGCCGUGGAAGAGUUUGACAGCAACAGCCCUGUGGCAGAAGACACCAAGGUAAAAGCUGAGAUCGCUGCAUCUGAAAACAAUCUCUCAACGUUGUCAGAAGAACCCCAAGAGACGGCUUCAGAAGAGGUUUCCUCUCCCGGCCAAGUCACAGGGGCAGAGACACCAGAAACACCGUCGGGAAAGUGCGCAGAAGUGAUGGCGCAGGUGAUCGAAGUGAUCGAGGAGGCUGUGAAGGAGAUCGAGCCUGUGUCCACAGAGAUCACAGCGACAUCAUGAGCAGCUGAAGAUACAAGACUGAUGGCUGGGAGACGCACUAGUUGGACCAGGAAGUACGUGAUGAGGGAGGGAGGGAGGGAGGGAGGGAGAGAGAGAGAGAGAGAGAGAGAGAGAGAGAGAGAGAGAGAGAGAGAGAGAGCUCUGUGGUAACACACUGAGACUGGGCCCAUCCUGCCCAGAGAGACUGAAUGACCUCCCCUUCCACCUGUACUCCAACCACAUCCUGCAGCCCUGUCACCCCAAUAUGACGUCCCACCACCAUAUCCUCACCCGCUCACUCACUCUCAUACACGCACACACUAAAGCAUGUCCUGUGCCUCAGAAGCAUCCCAUCUGGCUUGUAAUCAGUGUGAUGUAAGUUCAAUGUCUCUGUGACUUUCCAUUGCUCUUGCUGCUUAAGACGAGAGUCUGCAACCUGGUCGAGUUUGUAUCUGUUCAUACGUGUGUUUGUAUGUGUACAGUAGGGAGAGUGAGAUGGUGUCAGAAGGUGAAGAGAUGGAUUAUUAUCUUGUAUAUUGUAUUUAUAUCUUGAGUAUUCUUUUUAUUCACCCCUAAGUCUUUAUUUUUUCAUUCUUUAUUUGGACAUUGUUGCCAUGUUGUUUUUAAAAUUCCCACAUUAAGCUGUGAUACAUCAGGUAUUCUUUUGAGCAACAUUGUGACGGUAAAUUUAACGGUUGAUGCAGAUAAACAUGUAAAAAGUUUCUUGUAAAAUCUACCCAAACAAAUGUGAGACUGUUACGGCGUAUCACAGCUUUUAAUAGUCAUAUUCAAUGACAAGACUCUGUAGCAAUUAUAACUAAACCAUGGUACACGUGUGAUUCGACUGACAGUAAGUGAUAACACUGACUGAAGAAAAACAAGGGGGCAGAGAGAGGAUGAUAAUAUCUACCAGAAAUGCUUUUGACACUAUCUUGUCACAAUGUGUUCUCACUCUGCACCCCAACAAAAUACUUAAUAAGCUCCAUGUAGCUAAGACAAACAAUCACCUGAUUUACUGUGAAAAAGUCAUUGUUACACAUUGUUUCAUGUAAAAAAACAAUAAAGUACUAUUAUAAAACCAUCAUGUGGUAGAGGUAUUUGGUAAACAGUGACAUGCAAAGGAUGCGUAAGCAAAUUUUUGGCACUGGAAGAGUUGGACUGGGUAGACACCUGUAUGUAAGAAAUACAAAGCCUAAUGUGUCACGGUGUUCAAUAGCAAUGCUUCUGAGUUAUUGUGUGACAUACUGUUUGUAUUAUUCGUGUCACAAUUUUAAGAACAUUUUGAACACCUUCCUUACUACAAUAUAUUUAUAUUUCUUGAUUAAAAGAAAUAGUAUGUAAUGCCUAUGUUGAUGCCCUCUGUGGCCUACAAAAGUAGUGCACGUUUACCCUUUGUUCUUCACUCAGCAUGAUGGCUCAGGUUCAUUAAACUGACACUGGUUGGGGAUUUAGGUGAAAGGCACAAUCACCGACUGCAUUGUACCAGAAGUAACUUAAAUCUCAUCUUACUCUUAAUUUAGAAACCAAAUUGAGUUUGGAUCAAUCAGGGAGUCAUGGUCUUUCCAUUGCUCACAGGAUAAGACAUCAGUUGUUUCCAAUUCAAUUACAAAAGCAUCUAUUCAGCUGCUUUGAGUUAUGCAUCAAACCUAAAUCACAAGGUCAAGGCUUAUUUUGCAAGUUCGUUGGCAAAGUGAGAGAUGUUUUACGGUGGAGGAAUAUCUGAAACAUUCCUGGGGUCCAAUUUUAGCACCAAAGGAAAACGUGGGUUACACUGGUAUUUGUUCAUGUACUACCAAAUUUGGCAAAGUUGCACUGUCAAUUAUUCAGACAUCUUGAGAAUUAACUGCGAGUGCUUCUAUAAUCCAUUGAUUUCAAUUUGACUCAAGCAGCUUUAGAGGCUCACAUUUCACUCAGCUUUAUGACCAAAGGAGAUCAGGAAGCACGGACCACUUUUUGGUCACUACUUCCCUUUACUUUGACCCUAGAGGGUGUGUCACGUCUAUACUUGCUUUAUGUAAAAAUAAAUGAUAAAAAAAACAGAGUGAGCUUAAGACUUUUGCUAUUGUUGCCUAUUGUAAAGCAUUUAGUUGGGGCAUCCGCCCACUUCAGUCAGCCCUGCUUUUUGUAACACACUUACUGUGAAACUGUUAACAUUUGUACAGAUUGUAUACCUACUGUAUGUACUUACAAAUCAUAUUGUUGUAAUAUUGACUAAUAACCUGCAGCCAUUUAGCAUAUUCAUGUAGCAUGGUCUUAAUGGUCUUUUAUAUUGUCCAAGCUGUUAAUAGUAUGGAUAUAGAGAAACUUGUCUAUAUUUCAUUCAAUAAAGGUAGAGAAAAUUGGU